AUGCCUGCCCAUGUACUUUACAUACCCUUCUUCCCACCCAUCUCCCCCCCUCCCUUCCAAAACCUCACUUCCCCGCCAGUGCUUCUGUUUCCUCUCUCCUUUCCUCCCUGUGCUAUCGAAGGGGGGCGGGCCAAUGGACACGCGCUUGCGCACGCUCAUAGCAAUGCUCCGCUACGUAGCUGUUGCACCAUCAGCAGAGAUGACGCAGCAGCCAACGCAAAUGCCGCCGCCGACGCUGGCGCUGGCACUGUCGCUACUGUGACUGCCAAUACCGCUGCUGCCAAUCGUGCACGGGCCAAGGCUGGCGGGUUGGUGGGCCUAGCGGAUCCCGACGGGUCGAAGCGCGAGGGAAGCGAGGCUGCCGCCACGUCGGCUGCAGCGGCGGCGGCGGCGGGCGCGGCGACGUUAGAGCGAGGCGCGAAGGAUCAACAUAGCGUCGCGGCGGCACAGGCGGCGGUACAGGCGGCGGUACAGGCGGCGCACGCAGAGUGGCCGGAUCGCUUGCUCGAGAGCUGGUCGUCGCGUGCGGAAGAUGAAGGGGAGCGCUGGUGGCGGAAGGCCCCCCCGCAGUGGGGAGAGGUCUUGUGGAGCCACUGCUCCGCGCGCAAUGGCGUUUGCGCCGACACCACCGCCAGCGGCGGCGGUGGCGGCGGCGGUAAAAGUAUUUACGAGGUCGCGCCGGAGAAUCCGACCAGUGCCGCCGGUGGCAGUGCUUCUGGCGAGCUGUUGAUCGACGCGGUGCUCGCGGCGUGCAACGCGGCGUGCAAUGCGGGGGGACGUGAGCGGAAGCUUUCCGCCGGAGAGCGAACGGGUGAGCCGCAGGCGGCGCGACGAGCCGGCGCGGCAGUUGCGGGCGGCGCUUCCGUCCCCGCCAACUCCGCGGCCGCCCUCGCCGUUUCUGCCUCCGCGAGUGCCGCCGGCGCAGCGGCCGCGUUUCCCGGCAUGAUUCCGUCCUUGACUGAGGAAAUAGAGGCGUGCGUGGCGAGACGAGAGUUGGCGGAGACGGCGGCGGAGGCGGCGGAGGCGGCGGAGGCCGCGGGGCGACCACCGCAGCAGCCGUUCGUGUCGUCGUCGCUCGCGGAGGUCGCGGCUGCUCUGGAGAGGGAGAGCGACGGGCCGGGGAGCCAUGGAUGUGGUAUUGGCGGCGGCGGCGGCGGUGGCGACGUGCGGCCGGCGACCAUGGCGGAAGGAGGUGGAACCGCGGGAAGGGGGGGGAAGAGGCGCCGAUGGUGCGACGUGGCUCUCGCGCUUGGAGGGAAUGGCGUCAACAGCGGUGGCGCAGCGACAGCGGCGCCGGUGGGUGCGGCGGCGGAUCUGUGGGGUUGGGGUUCGGAGAAGCUUGGACAGCAGCAGCGCGCAGCGUCGCUGGAGCGUCCCCCCAUGGGAGCACCGGAGCAGCCCUGCUUCUCGAGCCUGUUCCCCGUGCCUGUGCCUUCCAGACGAGCUCAGCUGCCUCGGGCCCGUACCUCCGCGUUCGCGGCUGAGGCUGCGGCUGGGCUGAGGAGCGGGCGAGGGAGGGGCGUGGCAAUGGCUGCCGCAUCAGAAAAGGAGAACAAGCGGAUUGCGGCGGCCGCGCUGCAGUGGCAGCUGCAGCAGGAGAAGCAACAGCAAGAGAAGCAACAGGAAGCGAAAGUGCUGCCAGGAAUGCCAGCUACGCUGGGAGUGCAAUCCGUGCUGCCAGCUGCGCCGCGUGCACCCACCGAAUCCACCGCACCUGCUGCUGCUGCUGCGCCUGAGCGCGUGUGGCGGAUUGAUGGCCGAAACUACUUCCCCCUGUGGAACGACCAGCAGCAGCAGGGUGUGAGGCGGCACAAGCGGUUCAGGCUGGUGGUGCACAGAGGUCAUGUGAACGAAGGUUACAAUCUCUUCAGAGCUGUCACCACACCACCAUUACCGCACCAUCCCCUCUGCCUCCAUUCGUCUGCUUCACCAGUGCUCCUGCGUCUGCUCCUGCACCUAUCUAGCCCCUUUUCUGCACAAGACUUCUUCUACUCCUUCCUUGUUCCGUUGCGCCGGCUCACCACUGCUGCUGCCACUGCUUCUGCUCUCUCCUGCUCUGCAGAUCCUGCCUGCAGCAGCACCACCACCAGCAGCAGCAGCAUCAUGACCAUUAUCUGUGUGGUUGUCGUCGCUGCCACUGUUACUGCCUCUGCCAUCGUGCUACACCUUCCCAUGGAGGCUUUUCCAUGCCUCCCACAUGUGCGUGCCAUCCGCAGAUUUCCUUGCCCCUGUGCUGUCCAUGCACACUACAUGUCAGUCAACCUCUAUGCGGCCUCAGUUACAGUAACCUACACUGGUUGCGAGCGGCUACUCUGGGUGGGGAGGAGGCAGGGUGGGGAGGGAGCUUUGUAG